AUGAAGCUAGUUUGGUCUCCGGAAACAGCAUCCAAGGCUUAUAUUGAUACCGUAAAAUCGAUUAGCACGAUGCAGUGUGAGGUUUCCCAUGAAUCGAGCCUGGCGGAACUCAUUUCCGCCAUGGCGGCCGGAUGGAACGCGAAAGUAGUCGUGGAGACAUGGUCGCGGGGAGGCGUUGUUGAGACGAGCAUUGGCCUCGCCGUGGCGACUCAUCACAGCGGGGGCAGGCAUAUUUGUGUAGUCCCUGAUAAGGAGUCGAUGGCGGAGUACAAAGACGCCAUGGUUCAGUCGGGACGCGUGGCUGAUGAGGUUAUAGUUGAGGGGGCAAUGGAGGGAUUGGAAGGGAUUGAUUUUCUAGUUGUUGAUUGCAGGAGGGAUGAGUUUGCGAGGAUGAUUAGGGCUGCUAAAUUUGGAGAGAGGGGAGCUGUUUUGAUAUGCAAGAACGCUACCUCCGACCUCAGCUGGCGGGGUGUGCUCCGGAGGGAGUCGAGGGUCAUGCGGUCGGUGUUUCUGCCGAUCGGGGACGGUGUCGGCAUCGCUCAUGUGGGUGGGACCUCAGCCGGAACAAAGCGUCGAAGUAGGUGGAUCAAAGGUAUCGAUCAGAAAUCAGGGGAGGAAGUUAUCUUUCGGAAUUUAUGAUUUGUAUGCAUAAAAUGUUAUUAUGGGAUUUAAAUGGACGAUUGU